UACGUGAAAACCAGCGGCAUAGGCAAAGCUUUCCGCUUCUUCUUAUUGUUGUUCCGGGUCAGAGUGCGCAUGCUCGGUUUGGAGCAGGCAGAACGAGACCGCGAUAUGGCUGCGCUGUGAGGUGCGAUUGUGGCAGAAAACAAGUAGUUAUUCCUAAUGGCAAUAUCAAACUUGAUCAGGACCUUUGGUUCCCUGCUGUUGUCUUCGGGUCCUCAUUUCCCACAGAUCCCUGCAUCUUUCCGCCCGCUUUAUCUUAUUAGCCAACUUGAUUUAUCCCGUGAAAUCAGUACUUCUACCUCUGUGUUAGCUAGAGAUCCUCUAUGGAAAUGCAGGACAAAGUAUACCAUUAAGCCAAUUCCCAAACCAAAAACAGGAGGUCGAGAUCACACAGGUCGUAUUCGUGUGCAUGGAAUUGGAGGAGGAAAUAAACAAUGCUAUCGUAUGAUUGAUUUCCAAAGAUUGCGCUAUCCAGAUGCAGCAGACCCUAGUCCAUUUGAGGAAAAAGUACUUUUGGUCCGAUAUGAUCCCUGUAGAUCAGGUCAUAUAGCUCUAGUGGCUGGAGAGAAGCGGAAACGCUGGAUCAUUGCAACUGAAAACAUGGUGGCUGGUGACAUCAUCAAGACUUCAGGAAAAAUAGAAAGGAUGGCAGUCUCUGCGAAUGAGGGGGAUUCAUAUCCAGUUGGAGCUCUACCACUUGGAACCCUCAUAAAUAACUUGGAGAGUCAUCCUGGAAAAGGAGCACAAUAUAUCCGAGCAGCAGGCACCUGUGGGGUAUUACUGAGGAAAGUGAGUGGAACGGUCAUUAUACAGUUGCCCUCCAAGAGGCAAAUACAGGUGCUGGAAACAUGCAUGGCUACAGUGGGACGAGUUUCUAAUGUUGAGCAUAACCAACGAAUCCUUGGGAAAGCUGGUCGGAACCGGUGGCUAGGAAAGCGACCAGAUAGUGGUUUAUGGCAGCGGAAAGGGGGAUGGGCUGGACGCAAGAUCAGGCCCCUCCCAGCAAUAAAAAGUUAUGUGAACCUGCCAGUGCCAGCCUCAGAGGGCUGACAUUAGUAGCUCUUUAGGAUUCUGUUAAAUAAAGUGUAUUAUCAAACUUG